UCAUACACACCCACAUUGGAAGUGACGGAUAGUGAAUUAGCGCCCAGGAACAAAUCGGCAAUUCGUCCGUGCAUACGUCUGUCUUUGGCAAGCAUCUAUGUGUAGGUUCUGCUGGUCUAGCAUUGUCCAGGUGUGACAACUAUUCCCCGUUAUUCGCCACCGUGGAGAUAGCGUGGGAUACCAGCGUACAUGCCCUCAAUUUAAUUCGCUGAUCUGCCCAGCCCCGCGCUGGUACUGUGUGCAACAACUACGUGCUCUGCUCACACAGGAACGGCGGAAGCAGCUCUCUUCCUUUCUUCGACAGCUCCUGGAUUAGUGUGAGGCAGUUGAACACAACAGGAUUCUAGGCACAUCUGACAGUUUCCAGACGAACGACAAGGCACAGUUUCCUGAGCAGUGUGUACCCACCUAGCUGAGCAGGCAGUGAUUUGAUCUCCAACCAAGGCCCGUGCGGAACCAUCGGUGCCCAGGGACAAUCGACUCUCAAUUGAGACUUGUCAACGCGGACGAAGCGCUUGGCAUUCUUCGAGGUUACUACCCCCUGCACCUGUGUCGGUGCUCGUUGGCAACGGUUGCCUGGCGACAAGGCAAGUAUUCUGCUGACGCUGGUUAGCUCGACGGGGCGUGAUGCAGCCAAUGUGUUCCAUGGCUCGUCGACAUACGGAGACCAGUGCAGACAUGGUCUCGCACACUACAGGCGUGUCCGCAGCAUUCCAGCCGGGACAAGGCGGCGGAGGCAUUGGCUCUUUCGCCUCCCCCCAUUACCUGGGCUACAGCCCAGCGACCGCCAGCACAAGCGGUGCGUAUCACCACGCGGGAGAGACACCGUCGCAGGGGUAUAGCCUUGCGUUCUCACUUCCGCCAACCACUGGAGAUCACCUACACGACCAGCAUCAUCAUCACCAUCAACAGCAGCAGCAGCAGAGUGGAGCUGCUCCAAGCGCUCACACAUCCAUGGGCCUGGAGGAAAGGACAUUUCCUCCGACACCCUCAAGUGUAAUUACUACGCCAUUCCGUUCUCACGACAGCCUGGUGCUCGAGCAAGCUGCAUGUGCCAGCCAGACGAGCAACAGCGGAAGUCGUAAGAACAACAACAACAACACCUGCAGCGGUAGCCAGCCGAACAAUAAUCCUUCAUCGGCGUCCGCCGCCGUCGGUACUGCGAACUCAUCCCUGUUCGCUUCCGAGUCCGGAGCGUAUUCGUCACACCAGUCGGCAGAGCAAUCCCUGCUGCCCUCCGACGCCUAUCGUCAGCGAUCCUCUGUGCACGCAACCAUGGCGACCACGCAGACCCUAGCCGGCGGUGAAUUGCCGGCGCACGACGACGGAGAGGUUGCCAUGGCAGCGGAUGCCGAUCACCACCACCAGCAGCAUCAUCAGCAUCACAUUGAUGGGAACGCGGCAUCCUGCCCGACCCCAGUGGCCGACCUCAGUGGCUGCCACGACAACCGCAGAGGCGGCGGCGUCGGCGGCGGCAACAGCGCAGGCCACCACCCGGCAGCCAUCGCCGCAGCGGGGGUUUCCGUGACACCCGAGGAGUCUCAGGCGGCGGAGACGCUGACGCAGCUGACGUGGCAGCAGCCCGUGCUGCGCUCGGUGAGUCCGGCCAGUACAACGUCGGACGUCGACGUCGUCGGAAUACAACGCCAUCGACAACAAGAGGCUGCCAACGCGGCGGACGACCCUGGCUACGUCGCUCCGGCGUCCGCCGGCCACCGUAUCCACGACAACAAGAGCAGACAGGCGCAGCAAGUGCCGCAGCACUCCCACGGCCAGGACAGCGUGGACUUUGAGCAGCGCCAGCCCAAGCAGGAGAAAGAAGACAUUGGCGCUCCACCGCCAGCGCUGAUGCGCGUGCAAGCGCCAGCGACCACACCAGUGGCAACUGACAACUCGCUGUCCAGACAGGCUGAGUCAUCCGACAGCGCCAUUGGUAACCAGCCAAUCAUUCCUGCAUCCGGACAGAAUCAUGAUGGUCAGCAAGUGCAGCUCUGGCAGUUCCUGUUUGAGCUACUCCAGGACGAGAAGCAUCGCUCAAUAAUCUGCUGGACGGAGCACAGAGGAGAGUUCAAACUCCUGGAUCCGGACGAGGUGUCACACAAGUGGGGUCUCCGCAAGAACAAGACCAGCAUGAACUACGACAAGAUGUCCAGAGCAAUGCGCUAUUACUAUGACAAGAGCAUACUACACAAGGUGCAAGGCAAGCGAUACUGUUACUGCUUCAACGAGAAGAUUCUCAGCCAGGUGCAGGGUGGACAGCACGCUCACUUUGCCUCACCGUCACUCAGUGUCAUGGCAACCCAGGGCGGUGCACAGCUGGCCAUGCCCCCGCUGGCCGAUCUGUCGGCAGGACAUAGAGGACUUUAUCAAGUCGGUCAACACCACCACCACCAGUAUGGACAAUCAUCACCAUACUCUCACCUAUCUGCGCAUCAUCAACAGUCGCAACACCAGCAACAACAGCAGCAGCAUCAGCAGCAGCAGCAGGUUUCGCAGCGGUCUCAUUCGUUCGACGGCUCGCAGCGUUCUCUCUCUCACAGCCACCUCCACCAGCAGCUGUCCCCGCUGUCUCCAACGCUGGUCAACCACAUGACGCAACCCGGUGGACAUCUCGUUCAACGUCAUCCCAUUGCCGCCAUGCAGCAAACUCCUGUUGUGGCUGGCGUACACGGCUUGCAGAGAUCACUGGGCAGGACAGGCACUACGUAUCACCCUGCGGCUGCGGCCGGUGUGGCAGCCGCAGCAGCUUGGCCGGGUAGCAGCCUGUACUCGCCAGCUGGCACACCCACAGGCGUUGUCUACACGCCCAGUACGCUGCCUAGUACACCGCUCUUCUCCCCGCACACACCGGGCUCUGCCGGCCCGAGUGGUACGGGCACCGGGGUCGCACCCAUGCAGGGCACGCCAAUGUACUUCUGCUGAGAGAGAGCGCGCCUGCGCCUCGGCCGUGCACCGCUGCUGGGGAACGUCGGAUGUAUUUCGGCUGAGAGCACGGCUGCACCCGUGCAGAGCACGUCAAUGCACUGCUGUUGAGAUGACGCCCGUGUUCCAUGCUGGGGAGAUCAGUGUAUUUCUGCUGAGAGCACGGUUACACCCAUGCAAGGGACACCCAUGCACUUCUGCUGAGAGCAUGAUUGCAUCCGUGGAGGGGACACCCAUGCAGGGGACACCCAUGCACUUCGGCUGAGAGCAUGGCAUUGGCGGUGGUGCAGGUGAACUAGGGAGCAUCAGCGCGCUAGCUGGCUUCGUGCCGUCAGCCUGCCAACUGCCGAUAGACGGUCUCCAGUGGCGACAAGCUGGAAAAUGUGUGAACCUCGAAGCAACCUAUUGAAGCUUUGUAUCAACCUUGUGAGCGCAAUGCGUUGUGCUUGGUGACAUUCCGCUAUCGUCAGAGAGCGAUCAUCGCCUAUCCGGUUUUAGUUGUACUUGUACUUGCGGAACAUGGACACAUCUUGUGAGGCCGGCGCAAUAAGCGGCCAAGUAUCUGUACCGUCUGUGUGUGUGUGUGCGUUCGCGUGCGUGUGUGUGAGAGAGAGAGAGAGAGAGAGAGAGAGAGAGAGAGAGACAGUGCGUGUGUGCAUGUUUCAUUGUGAAGAAUAACUAAUACAUACAUGUAUCCGUUUCCACUACAUUGCUUGUACGGCCAUACAUACAUGUACAUGUACAUUCACGCAGCUUGACCAGUGGUCGCAUUCAGCCAGUGCGCCGUCCUCUCCAUCUCCCCCCCCCCCCCCCCAACACUUUCUGAUUAGGCCACGUUCGCCCGGUCAACCGCAAAUUAUUGCCUUCGUGUGUAUCCUGGGCCUGGUGGUAAAACAUACACUGUAUUAUUCUGCACGACGCCAGCUGCCCAUCUAUAUUUUUGUUGCUAUGCGGCCCGUGUUUUCGUCAAGGCAUGCCUUGACAGCGCAGCGCCCCCCCCCCCCCCCCCCCCCACACACACACGCACAUGAGCGUCAUCGACUGGUUGGAGCUUGGCUUUGUGUUCUACCUGUACAUGUUUGCGAUGCACGUACGCCCGCAAGAAAGUCCAUGUCUGCAUGCGACGUGCACUUAUUAUGAGAUGCCAUACUGGCAAUCAUUUUCAAAAUCGAUAUUCCUCACCCUUUCUUGUACAUAGUAUUGCGUCCCAAAAAUAUUUUCUUGUACAUAUCGCGGCCUCUAAAAAUACUGCAAAACAUAUUACUCGCCCAUUCUAUCUGCUUCUAUUAUCCACAUAUACAUUACAAUAUUGAUGUCACCGUCAGGACGCGUCAGGAGGUGUCUCAUUCCUGGAACGGAAAAUCAAGGGCCCAGGACAUUUGAAUCUACCACUUCUGGUUAUUGUUCUGCACCUGUAUUGUCAACCCUCUCUCACCCUCGCUCGCUUGUCGUUCACUCUCUCGCUUUCCAGACGUUUCCAAACACCGAUCAAAGAAUCUGUAAAUGUUAUAUUAAUUAUAAUAAUAAUCUGGUUAAGAGAA